AUGCUUGUGUUCGUUACCACAAUAGAACAGAUAUCCCGGAGCUAUGUGCAGCGAGUGUCUGAUCCACCUUCUAGAGCUAAACGUCAACGUCGAGUAGAAGUUCAGCUUCCUCCCGCAGUUGUAUUUGAGUCGUCCGUUGAAUCCGACGAGGAGAGUCAACCUGAAUCUACGAGUUCAAACUUACAUGACGACAGUUACUCCGAUGAUUCCGACACCGAGGCUAGUGAUGAUGAAAAUGCAAUUUCUGAUGACGAAAUGGGCGCAGUAAUCAAUUGGGAGGCUAGUAGUAACAAUCUACACAACGUCGAGGAUCUGUACGUGGCCGAAGAGCUGUACGCGGACGAGAAUCUGUACGUGGUCGUGGAUCAGUGUGUGGUUGUGGAGCUGUGCGUGGCCGAGGAGCUGCACCACGUACUGUACGAGGUCGUUGAGCUCGGAGUUCUCGUCAUGAUGCAAAGCCCCAGACAA